AUGGAAAACAAAGCGGGGCGAGGAGAAGAGACAAACUCCAUUCAAGAAAUGAAAGAUGCCCGCAACUCUGGUUCUCAUUCACAACAGAUUGGCUUAGAGGAUCAGCGUACCAGAGAGGAACAAGGUCCAGAACAGGAUGACACACCAUCAGGACCUUUUUCUGACUGCAUUGCUGCCUAUGAAGAUGCUGCAGCAGAGAGCAGCUCAGAGCGACAAAAUGUUGCUGAGGUUACUCCAAAUCUCUCCAAUCGCAACACACCAGAGGACCAGCAGUCACUGCGGCGAGACAAAGAUGAGGACGCCGAGGAGUUAAUCAUUCUCGACCGUGAACACGUUCUGACCAAAAUGAACCAAGAGGCUCUAAACAAGCUGCUCAGGAAGCAACUGGAGAAGCUCGACCUUGACCUAAGAGAGAAGCGCGAGAUGGAAAAGGCAGAUGACAAUGAGUUGAGUGAGAUGCACAUGGUGAUGUAUAAGAUUCAGGAGCAGCUGCUCCAUCUACAAAGCAAAAAAGAGGAGCGUGAUCGGAGCAAGGCGGAGGCAGAAUCCCAACACCAACAGGCAGAGGACAAGUUACAGGUGGUGAAGCGCACGCAUGCCAGCAUCCUCAGCCAGGUCAUCAAGAGUAGAGCCACCGUGUCCCAACUGGAGGCGGAGGUGGAGAAACUGACGCAGCAGCUCCUCUACACACAAGAACUGAGUGAAACACUGCAUUCUGAUGUCAAAGCCAUGCAGAAUGUCACACGCAAAACUGAAGCUCAGAAAAGCCAGGCUGAAGACGAGAAACUGAAACAGGAUUUGUAUGUGGAACGUCUGACAAAGGACAUGGAGCAACUGACACAGCAGAUCGCGAUGCACGAGGUCCAGGCCGCUGCAAAGGCCAUGGAGAAGCAAGAAACUAAAAGCACCCUCGCUGAGGCAGAGGUAGAAAUGGAGUCCUUGGUGCUGUGGCGUAAGCAGUUGCUGCAGCAAUUGAACAGCAGCUUGAUGGCCAUCAGAAACCAAGACGAGACCAUCACAGCAAUGCAUGAAGCUAUGCACAUGGUAAAGAAUCAAGAAAUAGUCUUAGACAGAGAGAUUGAAGGCUACAAGAAGUCCAUUGCUGAAGAGGAGGAGCGAGAUGAGAUGUUGACCAUGCAGUUUAACAGAUUCCAGCUGGAAUGUGACGCCUUCAGAAAACUCAUCCUUCAGAGCCAGGCUCAGCAAGAAGCUCUGCAGGCCCGCUACACCUCCUGUGUCCGCACUCUGCAGGAGACAGCGCGCACUCUUACCUCAUUAAGAAAGGAAAGCAGUACCUACGAGACUGAAAUUAGCCAUCAGCGGAGGCAGGUGGAGAAAGAGAGCGCUGUGCGCCUGGAGUUGGAGAACAAGAUCAUGGCCCAUAUGCAGCAGAAGCUCACCCACACAAAAGCUGCACAGAAUUCCCAAAGACGUAUCAACAAAAUAGGGAAACUUAAGCAGGAGAUGAUCUCUAAGUUGUGGCAGCUAGAAAACGAGAUCAUGGCAGUGAAACUGGAGAGCAGUGAAAUCACCCAGCGCCUGGACAGCCUUACCAUCACCCAAAAGGACCAAGACCAGGAGAUCACGAAGUACAACAAGUUAAUUGCAGAGCGUGAGGCUAAGAUGUCUGCAUUUAGUACAGCUAUCGAACGGAAUCAGGACACCAUUGCAAAAUACAAGACAAAGAUCUCUCAAAUUGCAGCUGUGACUGGGUCUGAUGACCUGAAUCCUCUGCAGAUCAAGGCCAAAAACCUGUCUGCUGAGCUUGAGGAGCUAAACGUGACUACAAAGCGUGACCAGCAGCUCCUCAUGAGGAAACAGGAGGCGCUAAUGGAAAUGAUCCAGAAGAUUGAAGUCAACAACAAACUCAUAUUCAAACUGCAUACAAGCUACACUGCUCUGCAGCAAAAGAAAUCCUAUUUGGAGAGUCAGAUUGAUGCGGAGCAAAGUGAGAGCGCAGAGCAGGAGAAACACAUCAGUGGACUGAGAGGAGACUUGCUGAGGCUCCAAUCGCUGCUGAACAAGAACGUGGUGCUGAGCCAGGCCCUCAAACAGCAGAACACACUGAUGGAGAGAGACUUCAUUCAAAGGUUGAAGGAGGCAGAGGGGGAGUGUGUCAGCCUGCAGAUGAAAGUGGAAGAAUCCCAGCAGGAAAAGGAGAGACUCAUCGACUGUCUGAUGGAAGCUAAGCAACAGAUGAUGCUGUGGGAAAAGAAGCUCCAGCUAAUAAAAGAGACUCGUUCAACAGUGGAUGUGCACCAACACAACACUGACCAGAUAAAGACUGAGAUACAUUUGAAGAAGCUGCGGAUCAGCCAGCUGCUGAAGGAGCAGAAGCAUCUGGAGAGGGAAAGUGUGGCUGCAGUGAUCAGGUUGGAGCCCCUCCUCAAUCGCAGACACGAGCUUCUCCUCAACAAUAAAACAGCAAAGUGUGACCUCACACUCAAUAAUCGGGGCCUGCGACGCAAGAUGAAAAAAAUACAUCAGCUGGAGGCUGAAAGUGAGAAGGAGGUCAACGAGCUAAAGGAGCUGAGGGUGAUGAAAAGUGAAAAGGUUGCACAGACUGCACAGGAACUGGAGGAAAUGAAGAGGAGACAAGAGCACCAAGAAGCUGAAAUUAUAACUCUCCAAGACACAAAAGUAAAAAACCUUGCCUGCCUGGUGGCGCUACAGAGCAGAGCCAGGAGGCUUCAGGCGGUGCUCGAUGGUACGUACAGGCCUUUGUCCGCUGUGGAGUCUGUAGAAGACUCUCUGCAGAAAGCCAGCGGGGGUGUGUACGCCACCAACACAGCUGUCCGCCGCAUGUGUCAGGAGCGUCCAGAGUUCCAGGAGGCGCUGCACAAGGUUUCAGUAGCACUGGCAGCAUGCACGGAGAACCUGGAGAAGAUGUAAAGUGACACUGGAGUUGGUUACAACACGUACAAGAGAAAUAUAGAACUGCUGUUAGGAAAAAUUAAAAGAGAAAAGAGGAGAAUCCUCAGUGUGAUCAGUGAUGAUUCAUGUUAACUCACACCAGCUAUAAUACUUUAGAAUAGUUUUCUUCAUGAUAGUUCAGUGAUUAACUGCACAAGUGGUUAUUUUCCAAAUUACUGUGCUAAUCUACCUUAUAUGUUUGGUUUUUAAAAGUGAUAUUUUGGGUUCCUUUCCUAAAUGUGGGUCAGCAUCCCUAUUUGAGCAAUAAUCAAAUGAGAGAUUUUUUUUCCCAGUUUCAUUGAAGAAAGUGAACCAGUUUUCAAGUUGCCAUAUCUGGUAAAUGGCAACACAAAUAGUUAAUCACCAAAUAAUUAUACAGUUGUCCAAAACUUAAUUAAAGCAGACUUGAGGGAAUACCUAAUACCUAAAUAAAUAAAUUGUAUAUUUAAAUAUGUAAAAAGUGAGUUGCAUGGUUUGUUUAUUUCUAUUUGCUAAUAAAUAUUAUAUAUUUAACA